GAAUAAUAAUAUGGAUUGAAAUGGCGAACCUAAAACUAUAUCAAAUUACUUCUACUGCAAGCAAUCAUUUUUACCCCAAAUCUUAUUUUUCUCAUUAGCAAAAUUGAUUAAUCUUAAUUACCAAGAAAAUUACACAUUCUUUCCAAACUACCCACUUCCAGACCAAAUCAAUGCUUAUGCGAGCGAAGCGAGUAUUCAUAUUGUAUAUAAGCGAGUUAAACUCUGCUUCUUUAGCUUAACUUCCAUGCAAGGAUUUCUUCCUUUUUUUUUUCUCUUCCAUCUUAGAGGGAAAGACUCACUCUCUCUCGCUCUCUCUCCCUUUCUCUCUUUUUGGGCUAUUCUUGCUCUGUGGUCGCAGUACCAGUCACUAUUUCAUUGCGAUGUCGCGCUUGCAUAUGCUUCAGGUACCCACAAGAGUGACAGAGUAAUGGAACAGAGGUCGCUCUUUGUAUAGGGUUCUUUUUGUAGAUCUUGUUUUUGACCUUCAAGACUACAAAACCCACAGGUUUAUUCUCAUUUCCCUUCAAAAAAACCAUGGGCACCGAAAUUUGCCUCCGAAUUUUGCUUCCUUUUUAUCCGGGUUUUCAUUGAUUCCUCUGCUUUAAUUUUUUUUUUUGUUUGUUCCCCUGAAAUGUGAGAAAAUUCUAGCAUUUUUUUCUGGGAAAAGUUGUGGUUUUGCUUGGUUUUAUGAUCUGGGUUUUUCCGUUUGUUUCAUUGGGUUAGUGAAACACAUAAAAUGGAGCAAGAUCACGAAAGGAAGCAUGUGUGCAAAUUGUGCAACAAGAGUUUCUUGAGUGGGAGAAUCUUGGGGGGUCACAUGAGGAUUCACGUAGCUAGAGAUUCAGCUAAAGAAGAGGUUAAGCUUGAAAACGGCAAUCUGAGUAUCGAAGGUUAUGGCCUAAGAGAAAACCCCAAGAAAUCUUGGAAAUCCUCGGGCUUGAACCAUAAUGACAGUGUCUCCGUUCAAGAAAGUUUGGAAUGCAGAGUGUGUGGCAAACAAUUUGAGUUCCCAAGAUCUCUCCAUGGUCACAUGAGGCAUCACUCGGUGGAAGAAAGGAAAGGAAUUCGCUGCAAAGAAUGUGGGAAAGGGUUCCGGACACUAAGAUCUCUUACUGGUCACAUGAGGCUGCACUCUGAUAAGUAUAAAGUCUCCAGAGAAUCAAUGACCGGUUCAAGGCCUAGCUUGGUUGUAAUGACUUUAUCAGAUACUGGGACUGCGGGUCUUGUACGAAGGAAGAGAUCAAAUAGAAUAAGGUACAAGGUUACUCCUAAUUCCUCAUUUUCUAGCUUGAAUGAAUCUGCAUCUGGUUUUGAAGUUGAGGAAGAAGUGGAAGAGGUGGCUAUGUGUUUGAUGAUGCUGUCUAGGGGCGUAUGCAAAUGGGGUGAAUUUAAAUCAAUUGGUGAGUCUUUGGAUAAUAGUUCUGUGUCCUUUGGCUUUGAGGUUAAAUCUUUGCACCAAAGUAACCCAACUGGGGGGAGAAGUGAGGAUGGAGACUAUGUUUUGGAGGAUGAUGAACCUGUCAAGAAGAAAAAGCCAAGAGAGCAGAAGUUAGAUCCUUGUGCUUCAGAUUCUAAGAAUAAGACCUCUGAAUGUAGUGAUUGUGAUUCUGAUAUGGUGUGUAACAAAGAAAAGAAGAUUGCGUUGGAAGUUCCUAUUGAGAAUUUUUAUCAGGGAGUUGAUUCCAAGGGGCCUAAACCGGAGGAUGAAUCUGGAUUGCUUUUGUGUGAUACUGAGACAGAGAAGGGAAUUCAUGAUGCAGUGGAUAGCGCCACUGAGUCAGAAUCAAGCCAGGAGUUUACCGAAGAAGUUGGAUUGGGUCUUUCUGGUUUGGGAUAUGUAAAAUGCACUCGAAGCAAGAAAGCCACUUUUGAAGCUUGUGAUGCUAAAAUGGGGAAGGAUUCUUGCACUGAGGUGAUAUGUUCAACUUCAGAUUUUGAUACUGCAGAUGAUUCUAAGAAGAGCCAAUUCCAGUGCCGGAUCUGCAACAAGAUUUUUCCCACUUAUCAGGCACUUGGUGGCCACCAAACAUUUCAUAGAACAACAAAAAGUUCCGUUGCUUUAAAGAUUGAGCAGCUGCAAGAGGAUAUUGAGACUAAACUUUUGCCUGACAAAAUUGACCUUUCAAGCAAGCUCGUCAAUCUUGAAUGCAUUAAGGAUUCAGGGAAAGAGGAAGUAAAUGGAGUGAUUAUGACAAGUUUUCAGUCUAAGAAGAGCAAGGAGCAUAAAUGCCACAUCUGCUCUAAAAAUUUUGUGUCGGGCCAAGCUUUGGGAGGUCACAAGAGGGCUCAUCAUUCUAAAGCAAGAGAAGAGCAGAAUAUGGCAAUGAAACAAGAGGAUCUUGAUAUUUGUGAUGCACCUGAUAUUAAUGUCCCUGGCAUGCUUCAUACAGAGGCCAAUUGUGAAUUUGGGUUCGAGUCAUGGAGGGCUGGAAUUCGCAGCUACAAACACGAGUCAUUGGUGGAUCUUAUAGCUAACUGAGGCUAAUAAUACAGCAUCUGGCUUCUGAAGACUGAAGAUUUGAAUAAAGUAGAGAAUAUGGUGGAUUUCAUUACUGGUUCAAGGAUAAUCCGCUUGGAUAUAGAGCUUGACUUUGCUGCUUAUAGCUUAGAACUGACUGCUACCCUUAUCUGGUUUAUUCUCUUACAUUUAACAUCUUUUUGUCUUUGAUCUGAAAGAACUUCAUUAUCAAUAGUCUUCGAAAUUUUGAUACUGAAAUAGGAUUUGUUUUGUUCCUUGUGCAUUUUAGUUUUCUUAUAGGUAUGUCAAAAGGAAGAUAUUGAACAGAAAAACUAUUGUUGAUUCUACAUUGAGUUCCCAGUUUUGGCUUCUCAUUCUUUUGUACCAAGCGUUUGAACAAAAUGCAAUAUACUUCUUUUUCUGUUCUGCUCUUGAA